UCAAAUAAUUUGUAAUCACCUGUGCCCCAUAUGACUGUCAUCAUUGUAGCCUUGACUGCCAUUCGUAAACACUGAGAUCAGUUAACAAAUAAACAUAAUCAACAUUAUUACAGAAAUAUUUAAUUCAUCAGAAAGCAAGAACUCAUCCAUAGAGAUACAAAUCCAUUUUAAGAAACCUUCAAAAUGAGCAAAUCAAGCGCGGUGAACGAGCGGAAAACAAUGAUUCUGGAAAAGAGAAAGCUCAUGGAAGACAAAAGGAUGAGCAUGGGAUUGAGGUCCUUCUUCGCUUCUUUUAUUGGGAGCAAUUUUCGACUAAGCACAGAGAUGCGGUACUCGUUUACAACCAUGAUAAGACGUCAUAAGUUUGAUAAGCAUUUUGUUGAUGUUAACUAUAAAGUACCAGAAGAUGAGGUAUACGAGCCCAUUUAUCAAACCGUAUUCGACGACGACAGAGACCCAGUGCAUAAACCCACUUUCUCUAGGCACCGCAUACCACUGCAGAUAAGAUGUCUGGAACGCUAUCACAGCUCCAAGAGGGAGUACGCCCAGCAGUUUAAGCGAGAAAUAAAGCUUCUGAUCGACAACCAGCCGACGGCGGAAAAUGCAUGGCAAUUCGUUAGGACGAUGGCCUAUACUUAACUUUGGCCUCCUCUGCACACAAGGAAGGAACUCAAGAUGUUUGAAAAAGACUUUUGCAAGCUUUCUUCGGAUGAGCAGCGUCGCUACGAUAAAAUAAUGGCAACAAAUUUUACAUAAAAUUUGUACGUAGCGUUAAACUUGUAAAAUAUUUUUUAUACAGUGUAAAAAAAAAA